GUACACGGACGGACGGAAGCGGAAACCCGCGGUGGGAGUGGAGAGAGCGGCGGGCUGGGAGGCGAGAGCUCCUUAAAUAUGGGGAACACAAGCAGUGAGCGAGCUGGCCUGGAGCGUCAUGGGCAGAAGGCAUCCCGAGGGGACAGCUCAGGAGGAGCCAUCAGCACCAAAGAAGGUGAUAGACCAAAAAUUUUAAUGGACAGUCCUGAAGAUACAGACUUGUUCCAUUCAGAGGAAAUAAAGGCUCCACUGGAGAAAGAAGAAUUCCUAGCUUGGCAACACGAUCUGGAAGUGAAUGAUAAAACUCCCACUCAGGCCCGACCAACAGUUUUUCGCUGGACUGGAGGAGGAAAAGAAGUCUAUUUGUCUGGGUCCUUCAACAACUGGAGUAAAAUUCCUCUGACAAGGAGUCACAAUAACUUUGUGGCAAUCCUGGACCUGCCAGAAGGGGAGCACCAAUACAAGUUCUUUGUGGACGGGCAGUGGACACAUGAUCCUUCAGAGCCAGUAGUAACCAGCCAGCUAGGUACUGUCAACAACAUCAUACAGGUGAAGAAAACUGACUUUGAAGUAUUCGAUGCUUUGAUGGUGGACUCCCAGAAAUGUUCAGACAUGUCUGAGCUGUCAAGUUCACCCCCGGGACCGUACCACCAGGAGCCCUAUGUUUGGAAGGCAGAGGAGCGCUUUAAAUCACCACCUAUUCUUCCCCCCCACCUGCUGCAGGUCAUCCUCAAUAAGGACACAGGCAUUUCUUGUGAUCCUGCUCUUCUCCCUGAACCCAACCAUGUCAUGCUGAAUCACCUCUACGCACUUUCUAUCAAGGAUGGAGUGAUGGUGCUUAGUGCUACACAUCGUUACAAGAAGAAGUAUGUGACUACUUUGCUGUACAAACCAAUAUGAACAUCCCAGUAGUUUGUGACCAAUUGUUCUGGGCCAGUGCAGUCUCAGAAAAAAAAAUUCUUCUCUUAACCAAAUGUAUUCCUGCUCUGUGCUGUAGAACUCUGAUUUCAUAUUGUUUCUGAGACUUCCAAGUUUUCCUAUAUUUGCCUUUUUUUCACAGCCCCACCUUGGAAGUUCUUGGGGACGGCAGCUUUGUGGCACUUAGAUGGCAAAGGUGUCAGUGCCCGUUGUCAGCUCAAUUAAAAAAAUCACCAGUAUAAUUAGGCUGAAAAAUGUGCGGGCAGCAACAUA